AAUACGGUAGUUAAAGGGAAAAAAUUAUAAAAUUACUCAAAAUCUUGGAAAAUGUCGCUUGUUUCUUACGCUGAUAGUGACGAUAGUGGAGAAGAGGAUAUAAGUGAGCCUGAAGUUAAAAAAAAUCCCGACAAAAUUAAGGACAAAGAACCCAAACCUGGUGCAACAAACUUUCAAACGACUGAAACGAGGGCAUCAGUUGGACAAAGCAAGCUAGAUGAUAGUUUUAACGAUGAUAAAACAAAACCAAAAUCAAUAGGGAGUCUGUUUUCUUCCCUGCCAGCGCCGUGGAUGUCUACGGCAUCGUGGACAGCCAAGAGUUCUGCUAAAAUACCAAAAGCACGGGCCGGACAAACAGUUAAAAUCGCUCUGCCCAGAUUAACUGACAAUUCGGAUUCUGACGACGAGGAUUGCACAAGAAAGGGAGAAACACCUGCCGUUGCCUCGCAGCAGAAACCAUCGGGGCUAUUCUCUCUCUUGCCCAAACCAAGACACAGUGUGGUUGUGAAAGAGAAUAACCCCAAUAGACCUGUGACGAAGAUAUCCAACAGACCUUUGAUUCCUGACAGCUUGCGUAGAAAACAAGCCAAAAAACCAUCGCCUCAAGUCAAGAAGCAGAAGACACAGGCGAAGAAAGAUGACAGCGACGAUGAUAGCGGUGAUGAUGAUGAUAAUAAAAGCUUCUUCUCGUGGAGUGAAAAGGAAACUUCGGAACAAAACGAGGCGUCCACCAGCCAAGUUGCCUCUGAUGCCGUUUCAAGCGUAAAACCUGAACAAGUAGAAGAACGCAGCAUUACGUCUACUGAAGACUUACUACCUUCAACAACUACACCUCCAGACAAUAGAUAUUCAAUACACUCCGGUUUAUCAAAAAGCGCACAAGAAAAAAUUAAAAACACGGAAAAUAUUCAAACCUCCGCAGAGGCUGCUCUUGUUUCAACUAUUGAUACAAACCCACAGUCAAAUUAUUUCGAAAAUCAAAAUUCUUAUCCAGAUAAUGCAGCCUGGGGUUAUUCGUAUCAAGGAGCUAGUGAUUCUUCACAAUAUUCUGGUUACCAAACAAAUCCGGAAAAUACCGGUUACCCUGAAUCAAAUUAUCCGUAUUAUGAUCAGCACAACUCACAACAAUACAAUCAGAACAUGGCUGACCAACAACCAAACUAUCCUGAGGCUGAGUUGCAAACACAUGCCCAACCAACGGUGCAAGAAACGCCAGAACAGUUUAAACGAUUUCUUGGUAAGAGAGGACGUGGUGAGGAGAGUAUUGAUAUCAUCGAUGUAAACGCGGAUGAUCAAGUUGGAUCUUCUCAGGACUGGAAAACAAAUUAUCAGAAAGAAGAUAUUGAUUAUAAACCACAAUCCAAGAAGAAAGGCAACCUUCCUUCUUCUCAACAAAGACGAAAACAUCAAAUUACAUAUUUAGCAUUUCAGGCAAAAGAAAAAGAAUGGGAACUUCGCAAUCAAUGGUCUGCCAACAGACAAACGAAACGACAGACACAAUCAAAAUAUGGAUUCUGAUGUCCAUCGACUCACAAUUGUUGUAUAUAACAUACAUAUAUUCAGAAAAAAUCAUUUGAUAGUCAUUUUUGGGUAGUUUUAAUUGAAUAAAUUUUUGGAAUAUAACAUCAGAAUUUAAACAUUAUUACAAAAAUAUUAAAUAGCCAUGUUUAUGUCUUCACUUCAUAAUCAAGUACUUCAUCACUUCA